UGGGGUUUCGUAAUCAUCGCGAAACUGCAGUAUAAAAUUCGAAAGUUUGGUUUAGGCGUAUGAAACUUUAUUGCAACUCUAAUGAAGUCCGCUCACGAACUCUUGCCACUUUACGGCAGCUCCGACAACCGUCACCGGCGACAUUUCUCGACACACGACGUGUUGAUGCUCGCAUCAUUAAAACUGGCUUCGACACAGAUACGUGUCGCUCCAAUUUCAUCGUCGAGGACCUUCUCAGGAGAGGUCAAGUUUCUGCUGCACGCAAGGUGUACGACGAAAUGCCUCACAAGAACACUGUCUCCACCAAUACCAUGAUUUCCGGUCACGUGAAGACGGGUGAUGUUUCCAGCGCCCGAGACCUUUUUGACGCAAUGCCCGACAGAACUGUUGUCACGUGGACUAUCUUGAUGGGGUGGUACGCCCGGAACAGCCACUUCGAUGAAGCUUUCAAGCUUUUCCGUCAGAUGUGCAGGUCUUCUUCCUGUACCCUGCCCGAUCAUGUCACCUUUACUACGCUUUUACCAGGCUGCAAUGACGCUGUUCCCCAGAACGCGGUCGGUCAGGUUCAUGCUUUUGCCGUCAAGUUAGGCUUUGAUACCAACCCCUUUCUCACUGUCUCCAAUGUUCUGCUUAAGUCCUACUGUGAGGUAAGGCGACUCGAUUUAGCCUGUGUGUUGUUCGAGGAGAUUCCAGAGAAAGACUCUGUCACGUUCAACACCCUUAUUACAGGGUACGAGAAGGAUGGCUUGUACACGGAGUCCAUCCAUCUCUUUCUUAAAAUGCGGCAGUCUGGUCACCAGCCUUCAGAUUUCACAUUUUCUGGGGUUCUCAAGGCUGUUGUUGGGCUGCACGAUUUUGCUCUUGGUCAGCAACUCCAUGCUCUGUCAGUUACUACCGGCUUCUCCAGGGAUGCUUCUGUUGGCAAUCAAAUUCUUGAUUUCUACUCCAAACAUGACCGUGUUCUUGAAACUAGGAUGCUUUUUGAUGAGAUGCCUGAGUUGGAUUUUGUUUCUUACAAUGUGGUCAUCUCAAGCUACUCACAGGCUGAUCAAUACGAGGCAUCCCUCCACUUCUUUAGAGAAAUGCAGUGCAUGGGGUUUGAUCGCAGAAACUUCCCUUUCGCGACGAUGCUGAGCAUCGCUGCUAACUUGUCAUCCUUGCAGAUGGGUCGACAAUUGCACUGCCAGGCCCUCCUGGCAACGGCUGAUUCAAUCCUUCAUGUUGGGAAUUCUUUAGUAGAUAUGUAUGCAAAAUGCGAAAUGUUCGAGGAAGCUGAGUUGAUAUUCAAGAGUUUACCACAACGGACCACCGUUUCCUGGACUGCCUUGAUCUCAGGUUACGUUCAGAAAGGGCUUCAUGGAGCUGGGCUUAAGUUGUUCACCAAGAUGCGAGGAUCAAAUUUACGAGCAGACCAAUCAACUUUUGCUACUGUAUUGAAAGCUUCCGCUAGUUUCGCUUCUCUGUUGCUGGGGAAACAACUCCAUGCAUUCAUAAUCAGAUCAGGGAACUUGGAAAAUGUGUUCUCCGGAAGUGGCCUGGUUGAUAUGUACGCCAAAUGUGGUUCUAUCAAAGAUGCAGUUCAAGUAUUCGAAGAGAUGCCCGAUAGAAAUGCAGUUUCCUGGAAUGCUUUGAUUUCAGCACACGCUGAUAACGGAGAUGGAGAAGCAGCUAUUGGUGCAUUUGCAAAGAUGAUUGAAUCUGGUCUCCAGCCAGAUUCAGUCAGCAUCUUAGGCGUCUUAACUGCAUGUAGUCACUGUGGAUUUGUUGAACAAGGAACAGAAUAUUUCCAGGCAAUGUCUCCAAUCUAUGGGAUAACUCCAAAAAAGAAGCAUUAUGCAUGCAUGCUGGAUUUGCUUGGCAGAAACGGAAGAUUUGCAGAAGCAGAGAAGUUGAUGGACGAAAUGCCCUUUGAGCCAGAUGAAAUUAUGUGGUCGUCAGUGUUGAACGCAUGUCGGAUUCACAAGAAUCAAAGCCUUGCUGAGAGAGCAGCAGAGAAGCUCUUCAGUAUGGAGAAGCUCAGGGACGCUGCUGCUUAUGUAAGCAUGUCAAACAUCUAUGCAGCGGCUGGGGAAUGGGAAAAAGUUAGGGAUGUGAAGAAAGCAAUGCGCGAACGCGGAAUCAAAAAGGUUCCGGCUUAUAGCUGGGUAGAAGUUAACCACAAGAUUCAUGUGUUCUCAUCAAAUGAUCAGACACACCCAAACGGAGAUGAGAUCGUGAGAAAGAUCAAUGAAUUGACAGCUGAGAUUGAGAGAGAAGGGUACAAGCCUGACACUAGUUCGGUAGUACAAGACGUAGAUGAGCAGAUGAAGAUUGAGUCGCUUAAGUACCACAGUGAACGUUUAGCCGUUGCAUUUGCUCUGAUCAGUACACCAGAAGGGUGUCCGAUUGUUGUGAUGAAGAACUUGAGGGCCUGCAGGGAUUGCCAUGCUGCAAUAAAACUAAUAUCGAAGAUUGUAAAGAGGGAGAUAACUGUAAGGGAUACAAGCAGAUUCCAUCACUUUAGUGAGGGGGUCUGUUCUUGUGGUGAUUACUGGUGA